AUGAGUCACCCAUCACCGCCUGCAGUUGGGAGCAGCAUUUUUCAUUCUUCUAUGCCAUGGGGUGCUCAAAGUCAAUCAGUUUUUAGAGCUAGUUCUAAUCCAGGCUCUGGUUCGACCACCCCCGCCUUCGGAGCUACAAGCAACCCCGCCUUGGGUUCAACCCCGACAGCUGCAUUUGGUGCAACAAGUUCUCCCCUCUUUGGGUCGGGAGGUGCAAUUGGGGCUUCCAGUAAUGCAGCCUUCGGGUCUUCUCCACCUUUUGGGCCAUCAGGAACCGCAUUUAGGAGCAACCGGUUUGGAUCGGGAUCUUAUGGAGCUCAUAUUGCUACACCAACGGUUAGCGGGACCGAGUUUGGAAACUCAUCCUCGGGAGGUCAGCCUAGGGGAAGUCGUGUGGCUCCUUUCACCCCGACCGAGGAAGAGAUCGGAGAAAGGCUGCCUUCCAAGCUCCAAUCAAUUUGCCGUAUGCCCGUCUACGAAUGUAGAAGCCAAGAGGAGCUUAGAUGGGAGGAUUACCAGCGGGGGGACAAAGGAUCUUCUCCUUUUGGUUUCACUCCGGCUCAAACAAGUACUUCUGGCACCGCAAGUCAUCCAUCACCGCCUACAUUUGGGAGCAGCAUUUUUUGUUCUUCUAUGCCGUGGGGUGCACGAAGUCAACCAAGAUUUAGAGCUAGUUCUGAUCCAGGCUCCGGUUCGACCACCCCCGCCUUUGGUUCAACCCCGACGGCUGCAUUUGCAUUUGGUGCACCAAGUUCUCCCAUCUUUGGGUCCGGUUCGACCACCCCCGCCUUUGGUUCAACUUCGACCACCCCUAACUUUGGUUCAACCCCGACAACUGCAUUUGCAUUUGGUGCACCUAGUUCUCCCAUCUUUGGGUCCGGUUCGACCACCCCCGCCUUUGGUUCGACCCCGACCGCUGCAUUUGAUGCAACAAGUGCUACCCUCUUUGGGUCCGGAGGUGCAUUUGGGGCUUCUUGCAGCUCGUCAUUAAGCUUUGGAUCUUCUCCAGCUUUUGGGCCAUCAGAAAUCGCAUUUAGGAGCUACCAGUAUGGAUCGGGAUCUUAUGGAGCUCAUGUCGGUUCUCAUGCGGCUCCACCAACAGUUAGCGGGACCGAGUUUGGAAACUCAUCCUCCGGAGGUCGGCCUAGGGGAAGUCGUGUGGCUCCUUUCACUCCGACUCGGGAAGAGAUCGGAGAAUGGCUGUCUUCCAAGCUCCAGUCAAUUUGCGGUAUGCCUGUCUACGAAUGUGAAAGCCAUGAGGAAGUUAGAUGGGAGGAUUACCAGAUGGGGGACAAAGGAUCUUCUCCUUUUGGUUUCACUCCGGCUCAAACAAGUACUUCUGGCAUUGCAAGUCAUCCAUCACCGCCUACAUUUGGGAGCAGCAUUUUUUGUUCUUCUAUGCCGUGGGGUGCACGAAGUCAACCAAGAUUUAGAGCUAGUUCUGAUCCAGGCUCCGGUUCGACCACCCCCGCCUUUGGUUCAACUUCAACCACCCCCGCCUUUGGUUCAACCCCGACGGCUGCAUUUGCAUUUGGUGCACCAAGUUCUCCCAUCUUUGGGUUUGGUUUGACCACCCCCGCCUUUGGUUCAACUUCAGCCACCCCUAACUUUGGUUCAACCCCGACAACCGCAUUUGCAUUUGGUGCACCAAGUUCUCCCAUCUUUGGGUCGGGUUCGACCACCCCCGCCUUUGGUUCGACUUCAACCACCCCCGCCUUUGGUUCAACUUCAACCACCCCUGCCUUUGGUUCAACCCCGAUGGCUGCAUUUGCAUUUGGUGCACCAAGUUCUCCCAUCUUUGGGUCGGGUUCGACCACCCCCGCCUUUGGUUCAACUUCGACCACCCCUAACUUUGGUUCAACCCCGACAACCGCAUUUGCAUUUGGUGCACCUAGUUCUCCCAUCUUUGGGUCCGGUUCGACCACCCUCGCCUUUGGUUCGACCCCGACUACCGCAUUUGAUGCAACAAGUGCUACCCUCUUUGGGUCCGAAGGUGCAUUUGGGGCUUCUUGCAGCUCGUCAUUAAGCUUUGGAUCUUCUCCAGCUUUUGGGCCAUCAGAAUCUGCAUUUAGGAGCUACCAGUGUGGAUCGGGAUCUUAUGGAGCUCAUGUCGCUACACCAACAGUUGGCGGGACCGAGUUUGGAAACUCAUCCUCCGGAGGUCAGCCUAGGGGAAGUCGUGUGGCUCCUUUCACCCCGAUCGAGGAAGAGACUGGAGAAAGGCUGCCUUCCAAGCUCCAAUCAAUUUGUGGUAUGCCUGUCUACGAAUGUAGAAGCCAAGAGGAACUUAGAUGGGAGGAUCACCAAGUGGGGGACAAAGGAACCUACGAAAUUGAUUUUGACCAGUUACUUUGUGUCAUUCUCGAGUGGACCAAAUCACGCUGGUCAGGCCGGUGCUAG